UUCCCAGAAUAACACGUACACUCCUGCUACUAUUGAAAACACAUCACUUGAAUAGUUCCGUCUACGCAACCCUCGACUAUCUGCUGUAUCGACCGACCACAUCCAUGGCGGAGGAUGCGCCGGCGGCGAAGCGGCUGGCCCGCGCGGGGUCCUUCUCGGGCGUGUGGUGGAAGCUGGGCGACGCCGCCGUGGACCCGUCCGUGGCGGAGCGCCGGCUGCGGUCCAUCGCCGACGAGGAGGCCGACCUCAGGGCACGCAUCGCCGCGCGCCAGGCCGGCGCCCGCGGGGUCCGGCGCAGGAUCGCCUUCGCCUCCAUCGCCGUCGAGGCUCUCGCCUUCGUCCACGCCUACUGGACGGCGAGGCGGCGGCGCCAUACCGUUGGGUGGAGCAAGAAGCUCCUCCUCCUGCUGCUGCCUCCUCUGCUAGCCAUACCCGCCUCCGCCGCCAUCGUCUUGGCCGCAUUCGCCAAGUUCCACAAGAUAUUCGACGGGAGGGACCAGCGGAGGCUGACGACGCUGCUGGCGGAGCGCAAGGCCAAGAUCGGCCAGUUCAGGGGCAGCCACCACAACAUGCAGAAGCUCCUCGAGAAGUAUGAUCCAGACGCCGCCGCCGCUGAAGCUGAUGCCGGUUCUGACCAGCCGUUUACCGCCGCAGUGUCCAGGAUCAAGCGGAGCCACUCGCGGCUGAGCAUCUACAAGAAGCCUGAUCAUCCGGUCGUCGCUGCUGAGACCGCUAGUGCUGAUCUACCGCUUGCCGCCGCCGUCGCCGCUUCCACGAGGAUCAAGCGGAGCCACUCGCGGCUGACCUUCCACAUCGGCGACGAGUGAACCAUCGCACGCACGCCACCGUGUGGAUGAUCAUGGCGAAUAGGACGCUUGCUUGUUUUUCACCAUCCAUCGUGUAAUUGUUGCUCGGCACGUACCAGCUAGGUGCCGCAAAUUACUACCAGCGGUGGAAAAGGGGUGGCUGAAAUCAUGUGCAAAUAUACUUUGUACAUACGGUUGCAUAUAUAUGGAGUUGGGACACUUUUAUGAUUCCAUUCAGAUUGUAACAUUCUUGA